GUGUCACUCAACAUGACAUCAGCUCGCGUCUUAAUCUUCAUCAGAAAGGCGUGAGUCGUCGGUCUCAUUACCUGCCAACGCUAACGAGAUUCCGCUCGGUAAGUCCUUUAAGAGAUAGACUGUUCAGUCGCAUGGUGUUGGCGAGUGUAGUAAGUCUGGAAGAGGGAAGCAAAGGCUGAAACCUGGAAAAGAAAACCAUAAUUUACUUCAGAAAAACAGAAACAACUUCUUGUGGAGAGUUUUUUUGUUCCUACUUGGUAUCUGAUAUUUUACUGAAGCGUCGAACAAUUGGCUGGCUGCACUGAAGGCCAUCUGGCUGGAGCUUUACCAGGAUUUUCUCUGUGAGCCUUUUGCCAAAUGUGACCACCUGCAUGGGUCUCGAACCCAGUUAUUGCCGCCACAGGUCGUGAGUUCUUGUGUGUCCUGAGUUCACCCUCAACAUGAGUGUAGGAGAAAAGCUUUAUAUAUUCACCCGUCAUCUGUAAGAGAAAUAGGGUGUGGUCCAGCCCUCCUGUCCUCCGAGCUCUUAGUAUCAUGGAGUCUGUGAGGAGAGUGAAAAAGUCUCUGAAGACGCCCCUCGGGAUGGUGACCAGCUGUGUGUCGGGGGUGAAGGAGAGAAGGUUGUGUGCCAAGCCCAGGAUCAGGAGGAGCAGAGGUGGGGGAGGAAGAGAAGGAGACAACAGGUUGAGGAGGAGCCGUCAUCUCAAAACGUCCAAAACCAAAGACCCUUCAAUCUUUCAAUCGUACCAUGGGGACCUGGAGAAGGAGAGAAAGCUGCGGGAAACAAGGAACGCUCAGAAGAACGCAGAGAGAGCAGCGAUGAGAGCUCAAUUCAGGAGGAAAUAUCAGCUGUCUGAGAGCUGCAAGGACACAAACCAUCUGAGGUCUGUUGGAGGGAAAGUGUCGCUCCCCCAUGAGCUGUCGAAGAUCAUUCAUCCUGAAAACAAAGCCAAGGACGACGGCUUUAACCUGCUGAGCGCCUUCCAAGGUCUCAGUUUCGGCCCGGCCGCGCUCACAGAGAGGAGACACAGCAAGACGUCCACUCCGACAGCAACAACUUGUAUUGUCAUGUGAUCAAUAUGUGAUCACAGGGACUAUCAACACACCGCCUGCUCGAUGUGUGUGAGUGCAAAGAACCAAGAGGAAACCCUCAUACACACAAACUGAUUCAACAGCUAUGCAUAUAAACUCCAUCAUUCUGUUAAACCUAAAAAUGUCAUUCAGACGCUUUUUUUUACUUCCUUAUUGUCUUUUUUCAGCAAAUACAAUAUGCCUGAUCAUUUAAUAUCUUAUGAUAUGAUCUUAAUAUGAAUAGAAGUGGGUUGAGAACAAGAUCAGUCUGAUAAACAAACCCAUCAGUAAAACAAAAAAGUAAUACCCUUCUUUUAAGUAAUAUUUCUAACAAAGCUUUCACAGUUCCUUUGAAAGCUUUGAUCUCAAUUCCACCUUUUAGAUACCUUUUUCGUAAUAAAAAUGAAUAGUUUAGGAUUUUAAGUAUUUGUGUUUUAUUGAUAGGCUAUAGAUCCAAGUGAGUGAUCUGUUCACAAGUAAGGGACCUCAGGGCAACAUGUUCACUUUGUAUUCACAUUUUAUCAUGACAUUUAUUUGACUUCUUUUCUUCUUCAUGAUUAGCUGAGGUUUUUUUUAACAGUCUCUCUGCUAAUUGUUGACCUAAAUCACAUGUAUAUACAUUUGAUUUAUAACAAGUACGAAGCUAUUCAGUUCUUAAUCAGUUUAGUCCUUAAUUUUCUGCUUUAUUAGCUGUGAUAAAAAACUUGUAAUAAAGACAUU